ACUGCCUCCUUUUUCUCUCAGGCUGCAUAUUAGCUGAAGGCCGGUGGGUCGCAGGGGACCAAACCGCGAAAAUGGUGGCCGCAAAGAAAACGAAAAAGUCGUUGGAGUCCAUCAACUCCCGGCUCCAGCUGGUUAUGAAGAGCGGCAAAUAUGUGCUGGGAUACAAACAGACUCUGAAGAUGAUCCGCCAGGGAAAAGCCAAGCUGGUGAUCCUGGCCAACAACUGCCCAGCACUGAGGAAGUCUGAAAUCGAAUACUACGCCAUGCUGGCCAAGACCGGUGUCCAUCACUACAGUGGAAAUAACAUUGAACUUGGUACAGCUUGCGGCAAAUAUUACAGAGUGUGCACACUGGCAAUCAUCGAUCCUGGUGACUCUGACAUCAUCAGGAGUAUGCCAGACCAGCAGCAGGGCGAGAAGUAAAGUCACGUUUU